AUGGGUUCAAUUAGCCAAAACUCGACAGUAUUGCGUUUGCUCGACGCCAUUCAUGCGCAGGAUCCUACCGCGCUAUACUGCGUCCAUCCAGUCUCAUCUGACGUCUCGGAUGGAUGGACCGAUAUCAGCAUUGCUGACCUGGUGAGCGCGACUAGCCGUUUCGCUUACUGGAUCCACACGAAGGUGGCCUUGGCCGAUGGGCCCCAGACUCUGGCCUAUAUGGGUGCGAAUGACAUUCGAUAUUGUGCGUUUGUUUUCGCGUGCAUGAGGCUACGCCAUACAGCUGUCCUUCUCUCAUCAAGAAAUUCGGAAGAAGCAUCCAGCCAUGUCCUUAAUGCUGUGAAUUGUUCUCAAUUCAUCUACACGCCCGAACGAAGUCGGCAGGUCGACGAGAUACAAGUAGCCAACCCGUCGCUGCAAUCAUGGGUGGCACCAGAUUUUUGGGAGCUAUUUGACCGUCAAUCUCCUGAGCCUAUCAUCGAAGAGCCGGCAGACGACCCAGAAGACAGGGUAGCGGUCUAUAUUCAUAGUUCUGGGACUACUGGAAUGCCCAAGCCAGUGCCAAUGACAAAUGGCUAUUUCAUCGCCCUGCAACAAAUCUGUGAACUGCCCACCCCGGAAGACCGAGUUGGGAGCAUCGUCGCAGUCGCAGGAAGAGGCAAGCGGGUUCUUUCUGUCAGCCCGUUCUUCCACCUCAUGGGGAUACUCAACAUGAUGAUCCCAAUUUUGGCAGCCACACCGUUCGUGUUGACUCACGAAAAACCCUUGACGGUCGAUCUUCUCGCCGAAGUCGUCAAGCAUGGACAGCCCAAGACUGCUAAUCUAGCGCCGUCCAUGCUCGAAGAGCUCUCUACAUCUGAGCUGGGUAUGGAAUGUUUGAAGACAUUUGACUACCUUACCUUUGGCGGUGCUCCCAUGGCUCGCGAGGCUGGUGAUCGCAUUGCGGAAGUCGUUCAUCUUCAGUCUGUGCUUGGAUCUAGCGAGUGUGCUAUCUUUGGUGCCUUGAAGUACCAGGCGAAAGACGAGUGGCCGUAUCUUGAAUUCAACCCCUUUGCUGGGUAUGAGAUGCGUGAUGCGGGUGAUGGGUACUUCGAGCUUGUAGUUGUGCGUCACGAUCAGAAGCCCACUCUUCAUGCUGUGUUCCAUACCUAUCCUGACAAGGAUGAAUACCAAACUGGGGAUCUCUUUACUCCCCACCCUGAGAAGGAAGGCCUCUGGCUCUAUGCUGGACGGCGUGACGAUGUGAUUGUCUUGAGCAACGGUGAGAAGUUCAAUCCGAUCACUAUGGAGGAACUUAUUUCUGGUCAUCCUCUCGUUGCACGAGCAGUUGUUGUUGGCCAAGGCCGCUUCCAAUCGGGUGUUCUGAUUGAGCCUGACUGGGAAUCAUGGAAUGGCGAACCAAGCGCCUUGGUCGAGGAGGUUUGGCCAUUUGUGAAGAAAGCAAACGCAGCAGCUCCUGGCCACGCCCAGAUUAUGAAAGAUCGUGUCGGGCUUGCCUCUCAAUCCAAGCCUUUCCACUUGACGGCUAAAGGCACCAUCAAGCGACGAAUGAUUGUCAAUGACUAUGCGGAUGAGAUCGAUGCUCUGUAUGUCGACGCGGACCAGGUUGAUGUCGCGCAGAUUCCGAAGAACGCUACCCAGUCGGAAAUUUCUACCUAUGUCACAUCAGCUCUGUGUGGUCUCCUAGAAAUUGAAGAGUUCGACAAAGAUGCAGACAUCUUUGCAUCUGGUCUUGACUCGCUUCAAACGCUACGCUUGGGGCAAAUUCUGCAAGCCUCAUUGAAAUCCGCCCGUCCUGACCUGGGUGCAGCAUUUAGCAGUCCGCAGUUGUAUUCGCUGCCGACAAUUGCUCAACUGACCGAGUACAUCUACGGUAUCCUCCAAGGGCAGGAUUCCGCCCCCGCUACCACGGUGGUCGAGACUGACGACGACCGCGAAACAAGGAUCGCUGGCCUUGUUGGGAAAUAUUCCGAGGGUUUUGGCCAGGAUCAUGCUGUCAUCCUCACUGGUUCAACCGGCUCUCUGGGCUCCUACUUACUAUCCGAGCUUCUGCGCGAUUUCAGCGUCACCAAAAUCUACUGUCUCAACCGAUCAGAAGACGCCGCUCCAAGACAACUCCAGAGCCUCCGUGAAAAGGGACUCACCAUGCUUGACCAAUUCCCGCGCCGAGUAGAAUUCAUCCAGGCUCAAUUUGGCGCCGAGAAACUGGGACUGGAUGAAGCCAAGUACGAGGAGAUGUUGCGGGAGGUUGACACCAUUAUCCACAACGCCUGGAAAGUGAACUUCAACCACCGAGUGGAAGCCUUUGAGCAGCCGCAUAUCGAGGGCGUACGCCGUCUGGUCGAGUUUAGCAUUGCAAGCGAAAAGACAGCUCAUAUCCACUUCAUCUCAUCCAUCUCCACUAUUGAAGGGUACAACAAGGGACCGUCGAUCCCGGAGGAGAUAUUCGACGAGCCAAGUUCUGUCCUUCGUCAAGGGUACGGCGAGUCGAAGCAUGUUUCUGAGAGAAUUUGUGCGAUGGCAUCAGCCAAAUGUGGUGUUCCGACGAGCAUCCAUCGCGUCGGCCAAAUCGGAGGCCCAACUACCGAUUUGGGGAUGUGGAAUAAACAGGAAUGGGUGCCGUCGCUGGUCGCUGCCUCGAAGACAAUCAAACAGAUUCCGAACUCACUUGGUUCGGUGUCGGUACAAUGGGUUCCAGUGGAUGUCUGCGCCAAAGUGAUCACCGAUAUCGUUCGCAGUCGACGCUCCACACAAGAGGAUGAACCAUGCGCGGCAUUCCAUAUCGUCAACCCCAAGGUUGCUGAUUGGAAAUCACUUAUCCCAGCCGUGACAAAGCAUUUCGAUGUCGAGCCUGUUGAUAUCCAGACCUGGAUCGCAACGCUGGAGAGUUUCACCAACCCGACUGAAGAUGAUCUUCGUGACAAGCCUGCUCUGAAGAUCUUGGACUUUUUCAAGGCGAUUGCUUACUCGGAAGAGGCGGGCCCGUCGACAGAGACAACCAAGACACAGGCGGCUAGUAAAACGUUGCGUCAAUUGCAAGCGAUUGAUGCGCCGUUGAUGGAGAGAUGGAUCAACCAGUGGAACUUCUGA